CGCGUGGUGCGAUUGGUGGAGGAUGCCCGAUAUAGGCAGGGCAUGCAAAUUCAGGCGCAAGCGUUGGACUCUCUUUCGACCGGCCGCCACUGUCCUCCUCCUCGCCGCGCAGCCCGCCUCUCCUUCCCCUCGCUCUUUCGCCCCGCCGUCCUCGCCCCCGCCCCGCCCCCGCAGCACUCCCACCACUCCCUGCUAUUUUCAGCGGCCGACUAGGGCCCCGCGGUGUCCCCAGCCAUGGCCUUCCGCUCUUACGACCCCGUCCCCAAUCCUGCCGCACGCGCGUCCAACCCCGACUUUGACUUCGAGCUGCACUCGCCCCGCAUGGGCACCUUCAUGGGCGCUGCCCUCAACGACGAGGCUUCCUCUCUUGACACCCGUCCAUCAUCUGUCACCGACGACUACUCGUCCUCCGUUCGCGCAUUCAACCGCCAGUCCCAGGCCGACCCGUCCUUCGGCCUCCACUACCGCGACGACCCACAUGACCCGAACGCCUCCGCAGACAACCUUGGCCAACCACCAAAAGAGUUUGCCUCGCCGACAUCGCCCACUGUUCCCUACGCGAACUUGAGCGAGAAACGCCGCGAUCCCACCACCCAGUAUGCGUCUCCUCGCCAGCGCUCGCGCAAACGUGCCAUCCUGAUCGUUGGUGCCAUUGCGCUCAUCAUCAUCAUCGUGGUCGUGGUCGUCGCGGUCACGCUCUCCGUCCGUAAGAAGUCUUCCCCUGCUUCGUCGAACAUCUCCUCCGGCUCCGGCUCGUCCAGCCAGAGUGGCGGCAGCGGCAGCGGCAAGAGCGGCAGCACCUCGUCCUCCAUUGCCGUCACCGGCGGCGACGGCAGCACGGUCACGAUGGACAGCGGCGCGACGUUCACGUACUCGAACAAGUUUGGCGGCUACUGGUACUACGACCCCGAGAAGCCGCUCACCAACAAUGCCCGCGCGCAGUCCUGGACGCCCCCCAUGAACGAGACCUUCCAGUAUGGCACGGAUAAUAUUCGGGGCGUUAAUCUUGGUGGUUGGCUUGUUCCGGAACCUUUCAUUGCACCCGGUUUGUACGAGCCUUAUGCGAACUCGUCCUACCCCGCGGUCGAUGAAUGGACGCUAAGCUACAACCUCAUGAACGAGACCUCGCAAGGUGGUCUCGAGGGUGUCUUGACCAAUCACUACGAGACGUUCAUUACGGAGCAAGACUUCGCUGAGAUCGCUGGUGCUGGCCUCAACCAUGUCCGUAUUCCUAUUGGGUACUGGGCUAUUGAGACGUGGGCUGGUGAGCCGUUCCUUGCCAAAGUCUCCUGGACGUACUUCCUCAAGGCGAUCGAGUGGGCUCGCAAGUAUGGUCUCCGCAUCAACCUCGACUUCCAUGCGCUACCUGGUAGCCAGAACGGCUGGAAUCACUCGGGCAAGCUUGGCACGGUCAACGUGUUGUACGGCCCCAUGGGUCUUGCCAAUGCACAACGGUCCCUGGGUUACAUCCGGAUCCUUGCGGAGUUCAUCUCACAGCCCCAGUACAGCAACGUCGUGACCAUCUUUGGUGUUACCAACGAGCCGAUGGGUACCCAGAUGGGUCAGGACCAGCUGUCUGCUUACUACGUGCAGGCCUACGACAUCAUCCGUACUGCGAGCGGCAUCGGCGAGGGUAAGGGCCCGUACAUCCUCUACCACGACGGCUUCUACCAGCUCUCGCAGUGGGUCGGCUUCCUCACCGGCGCGGACCGUAUCGCGCUCGACAACCACCCGUACGUCUGCUUCGGCGGCCAGACGUCUGACCCGUACUCGUCGCGCCUGACCGUGCCGUGCGACACGUGGGGCGCGGAUGUGAAUACCUCCAUGACCGCGUUCGGGCUCACGACCGCGGGCGAGUGGAGUAACGCGAUCAACGACUGUGGCUUGUGGGUGAACGGCGUGAAUGACGGCAGCCGGUAUGAGGGCACCUUCGACACCACGGCGGUCACGGGCGAUUGUACCCCGUGGACGGACUACCAGAACUGGGACGACACGUUCAAAGCGAGCGUUGAACAGUGGGCCCUGGCUAGCAUGAGUUCUCUCCAGAACUGGUUCUUCUGGACAUGGAAAAUCGGCAACUCGACAGUGACAGGCAAGGUCGAGGCGCCUCAGUGGUCGUACCAGCUCGGGCUCCAGGAGGGCUGGAUGCCCACCGACCCCCGCCAGGCUGACGGCGUGUGUGGCAACACCAACAAUUUCGCGGCGCCGCUCUCCGCGUGGCAGACGGGCGGCGCGGGCGCGGGGAGCACGGCGGCGGGCGUUGCGGCGCAGUACGCGUGGCCGCCGGCGACGAUCAGCAACCCGGGCUUCGCGUCUGCGGCGACGGCGCUGCCGUCGUACACGGCGACGGGCGGCCAGGUCACGCUCGCGGUCCCGACGUUCACCGCGUCGAGCAAGACGGUGAGCGCGAGCGUCGGCAGCGGCUGGGAGAACGCGCAGGACACGGCGCAGAAGUAUGCGGAGAUCGGGACGUGCGAGUAUCUGUUUCCGUGGGUCGGUCCUGCGGCGCCGCCGGCCCCGCUGUGCGGGGGCAACAACAGGCGCGGUGCGUAUGCGGAGCCGACGCCUGCGCCUGCGGGCUCGUCAUGAUCGGGACGCGCGGGCGGGGUGCUGUGGCUCGCUCUCUCUAUUCUGUGGGAUGGUGACAUGCGGACUGAGACGGACUUGGUGUCGAGUGUUGUGUUAUAGUAGUGCGUGUGUAGCGCCGCGGCCCCUCAGGUAUACAUAAGUACGUGCGGGCGUCGAUGGACUCGUCUCUCUGACUCGGUUUGUGUGUCGUGCAAUCAUGCGGCGGACUCUCUUUUUUAUCCUUAGUCUCAUCUCUAUCUCUACUACGACUACCUCUCUCUUGACAAUCUCGCACGAUACGAUCAGCGCGGCGGUAAUUACUACUUACAGAUUAGUGUACGUGGCGAUGAUGAAAGCAUAGUCUGCUGUGUCUGGGAUCUGAGGAUUUGGGUGAGCUGAGGCGAGUACGUGCUGCAUUGUAUCAUUAUGGUUUGGACCUUGUAUCUCAGGAUGCUAACAUUCGUCUUCUGUGCGUGUACGAAC